CUCUAUUGUUUAUCCCCAGCUGGCCAAGCUUCCCCAGCUCCCUCUCCCAUGGCAGUAGUGCUCCCUCUGCCUGGUCGCUCGCUCUUCCUCAAGCUUAGCUCACUGCGCGUUGCUCUAGCUCGCGGAGCUUCCUAGAUCGCCCCUCCGCGCACCACUUCAAGCUCGCCGGCGUUCGGACCGCGGCUUCCUCCUCCAGCUCCGGCGCCCGGCGUUUCUCCCAGGCGCGCCCCCUGAAUUCCCUCCACCACGCCCUGCCGAGAUUCCCCCAGCCGCGCACUCCUUCUCUACGCUCCUCUCUCUCUCUCCCAGCGCUCCCUCCCUGCUCGCUCCUCCCUCAGCUCGUCUCUCUCUCUCCGCUGGUCGCGCCCUUGCCCUGCUUCCAUGGCUGCGCGUCCCUCUACUAGCCGAGCUUCCUGUACGCCCAGAGCGUGCCCAGCUGUGAAUCUCCCAUGGCGCGCACAUCUCCCUGCUCAGUAAUCCAGCGCGCGUGCCUUGCUCCUGUGCAUGCUCGCCGGCCGGAGCUCCCUAGCGCGGUCGCCCAUGCCGUGCGCAGCCAAGCUCGCCCUGUGCGCCCCAUCUCCCUUCGGAUCCCCUGAAAGCUCCUUGCGCGGGCCACGUUCCUCUACUCGGCCAUGGCCGCGCGCUGGCGCUCUUCUCUGCGCGCGCCCUGUCUUUUCCCACGCGCAGCUCAUCCCAACGUCGAGCUCGGCCCUGCCCUCUGCUCCAGCUCGCCCCUCUCUACUUGUCCUCGCUGUUGGGCCAGUCUACAGCUCGCAGUCCCUGCGUUGCCGAGUCCCUGGCCGCGUCUGUGUGGUUGUGUUCUUUCGUGGGAACGCUCACUUUGUCGUGGUCCUGCGCUCUCUGCUCGGUCCAGCGUGGGUUUUAGUUGUCGGUCGAGCGCGCCCCUGUUUCCUUUGUCUUACCGUCGUCGUUCGGUCACCCUGCCUCGAUGUCGGUCCCUACGUGAUGUCUCCGACUUGUGUUCGCGCUGACAAAAGAAUCCCAAGAAGAUGUAGAGAAGCAAGCCCCUGGUCGAUGCCCCAAGUGCUCGGCGAAAGGCCAGAACAAGAAUCAUCGCCGUUUAUGCGGAGUUCUAGUUAAUAUGGAGAGAUUCCAAGAGUUGUGAAUGUAAGAUAAGUCCGUGCAACAAUUGCUGGGAGCUCGACCGGAUGUCUAAACUGAGCACCAUCGUCGCCCUCGCGGUUAUCAAAUCGAUUUUAUCAUGGUGAGCCAAUUUAUUAUUUCAUAUAAUUGAAUUGGAUAGUUAUAUAGCC